AUGCAAUGGAGCCUUCGAGAGCAAGAUGUGCCUACAGAGGAGGCCCUAGCCUCAAAUCCAUACGAUGAGACCAGAUGGCUUGAGUACGCUGAACAGGCGCCAGACAAUGAUUUCAAGGAAGCCAUCCUCAGCAGAGCUACAGCUACGCUUCCAGCAUCUACGCUUUUGUGGAACGCCUACUUUGAAGCUGUCUUUGGAGAUCGAAGCAAACUCUUGAACGCAUACAGAAAAGCGCUUCGGGUGCUACAUUCAAACCCUAGUAUAUGGAUUAAGUACCUCAGGCUUCUUGUAGAAGAAGGGCUGAGUGAGAUCAAGCUAGUCUUCGAUGCUGCCUUGUUCAAUGUCUCAAAAGACUACCACGGGGACAUCUGGAAGUUGUAUUUGAAGUACGCUUCCCGAGAGGCACCCCAAACCGCAGCAAGAAUAUACAUCCAGUUUAUGCAUGUGAGCAUCGAGUUGGGCACUGAUUUUGAGAUCAAUGCAUAUGAUAUGAUUGAUACCGUUCUUGAAAGUGGGGAUGCCACUCUUGUAAGGCAAUUAUGGAAUAAUAUAUGGCACAAGAGGAUUCCUUCAUCUGAGCUCCGAGAACCCUCGCAGAAUAUUGUUUGA